GUUGGAUCAAAAUCUUUACUACGUGGGGUUAAAACUUACCUCAGCAACAUUCACUUCUGCUACGGUUAAUAUUCUCCCCGCUGUAACCUUCAUUAUGGCUCUCGUUUUCAGGCUGGAAACAGUGAAUUUCAAGAAAAUUCGCAGCAUCGCAAAGGUGGCCGGAACAAUGGUGACGAUCGGCGGAGCCAUGGUGAUGACUCUAUACAAAGGACCGGUGGUCGAGAUCUUCCACGCCCAUGGCCACCACGCCGCCCAACAAACCAGCAGCGAGUCCGCCGACCAACACUGGGUCCUCGGCACCCUCAUGCUCCUCGGCAGCAUCGUCGGCUGGUCCGGCUUCUUCAUCUUGCAAUCGUUCACCUUGAAGAAGUACCCGGCCGAGCUGUCGCUUACCGCCUUGAUAUGCAUCUCCGGCACGGUGGAGGGCUCCAUUGUCACGCUCAUUAUGGAGCGUGAUUUUAGCGUGUGGGUCAUCGGCUGGGACUCCCGUCUUCUUGCCGCAGUUUAUACGGUAAGCAGUGAGAAUAUUUGCUAAAACCACCCCACCUAAA